AUAUAUAUAUAUAUAUAUAUAUAUAUAUAUAUAUAUAUAUAUAUAUAUAUAUAUAUAUAUAUAUAUAUAAUUUAUUUCAAGGUGCCCAGCAAUGCACAGAUAACAAGGCUCUAUCAAAGAUCACAUCAUUUCCACACACAACUAGACCAUCACUAGCUAUAUCCUGAACACACAAUAAUCGACAGAUACAACAAUAUUAAAUUAGACAUUGCCAAAGCACUACAUAUCAAACAUUCUUUAGGAAACAAAGAUGCUAACUAAUAUAAGACAGUUUUCUUUGGCAGAGAGGUAGAUGGUUGAAACAAGUUAAGUAAGAAGGCGGUGGGUGCCAAAACUAUCGGUAUUUUCAACGCGUUAGUAUUUUCAAAGCAUCAUAUGACAAAGAAUACUGGAAGACGGGACACCACGAGCGUAGCUCUCAUCCUGUAACUACACUUAGAGGCUGCUGUAACGUUGGACUGAUAAGACAAAGGCGGCCACAACAAUAAAAUAUUCCUGAUCAAAGAACCUAAUUUAAUAUAAAGUUUGAGAAAAUAUUAUAUUGAACUUCUCUCAGAAUAUGAGUUCGAGCCAUAUUACAGAUAAUUACAGCCUGGCAGAGGAGGACCAUCGGUUCUUCAGGCUAUACAAGGUGCUGGUCUCCGAGGGACGUCGGGCAUUGUACUGUGUAUUUUUAUGGGGGUGCAAAAGGGAUUUAACCAAGCCUCUAAGCGUUCACCUUAAAGCCAGUGGAAUGAGACCACAGGAUUUCAAAAAUGCAUUUCGAGAUAAAACAAUGAGGGAGAAAAUAGAAAACAAUCCUUCAGGAAAUGAAUUUGAUAUAACUUUAUUGUACGCUUGCAUUGAGAACACCUGUGCCAACCUUGCUCCCAAGGGAGCUCCUGAAUGGGAAGAUCACACUAAGUUAGAAUAUAUUUGCAGGUCCAUUAAAAACCUAAGGAACAAGUAUGUUCAUUCCCCUCCUAUCAUUGCUGACGAUGACACCAUGAACAGUAAACUUAUGGAACUACAAGAUUUGAUACUCAAGGCUUUGCGUUUAGGAGGAAACAAAUACCAGCGACCCCCAUCAGAGAUCAACAAUAAGAUUCAACUAAUGCAAGACAACAUAGAAAAAAUAAUGAUUACUUCUUUGGAAGUCGUAAGUAUUCAGCAGUAUCAAAAAGAAAUAAAACAGCUACGAGAUAAUCUAAAAAAGAAAGUGCUUGAUGAGGGAAGAUGUGAACUUUUCUCUAAAUACAAGAAUAUAACUAAAAUUGACCCAUCAUCAUUCAUUUCCGGCAGAGAGAGACUGCAAGUUUCAAAAGUCUUCACUCGUCUUCAAGUUACCCGAAGUCAGGUCAACGGUGAAGAUGUGGAUUAUGACUCGCUACUGGAUCUAACAACCGAAGAUGGAAGCAAGCCAAUAAUUACAGUGGUGGAGGGCGAGGCUGGUGCGGGUAAAACAACCUUGGCAAAACUGAUUCUAGAUAAAUGGAUGAGUCAGAAUGCGUCUGGCGACACGUCCAUCUUCCAGGGGCUCCAGACUUAUGAUCUGGUUCUUUAUGCUGAGGCUAGAAAUCAGUCAAUCUCCAAUUUUCUCUCUUUGCUUAGAGUUCUUAUGUCACAGGCAUCCUACUAUUUGUAUGAUGACGAUUUACUAAAGUCUGUGCUUAAUCUCAAUGUUUUGCUCAUAAUUGAUGGUCUUGAUGAGCUAAACACAGCCUCUGAAAGACUGAUAAAGGAUAUAUCGGAUGAACAUAUUCCGAGGAGCAAUGGUAAGCUUCACCUCCUGAUUACUACAAGACCUAAUAUGCUCCCAGAUCUCCCCACCCUUCUCCCUAAUCAACCCACAGUUCACACUAGGCUUAAAGGAAUUACACAGGAAAAUAGAGUUGAAUUUGUACUAAAACUUCACAAUGAAAUGAUAACGGAGAAUCUAAGCAAUCAAGACACUCAAGAAUUAGUUGACUUUAUGAAACAGUCAGAGUCACGUCUUGGGGAACACUUUCGGUUACCCUUAAACUUGACUCUACUGACUUACCUGUGGGCCUCUGAUCCUCAACAAGUCAACUCCCUCACAACAGCCACAGGUCUAUACAUUGCUUUACAAGAGAUGAUCAAAUCCCGCUUGUUGAAAAGACUGAAAACCCACAUUGGAGUUGCCACACAUCCUACGAGUGGAUUGGAAAACCUUUGUGAAGAGUUCUUAAAAUGUUUAUACAAUGUUUGCUUAGAGACUCAUUCUCAUGGGCACAUGCAACUGUCUAGAGACUCAAUAAAUAUGCUCAAAAUCAAAUGCAUGGAACUAGGAUUACCCUUUGAUGACAUGUGUUCUGCCUUCCUUACUGCGGAGAGUGAAUGGACCGCCCAAGGUUAUAAGAUUGAUCUUGUUGUGCCACACAAGAGUAUUAUGGAAUUUUAUGCUGCCUAUGGAAUUAUGCUGGAUAUUAUUCAAAUUAACCAUCAAGAAUCAAUGCAAAAAGUAAUACAGGAAUUCUGUCAGAAGCAAAACAUAUCCCAAGUAAUUCAGGUACAGAUUCUGGAAGAUAAAAAUGAAGAAAGUAAGUCAUUGCGAGACAUUGUGAAGGCCCGUGGAACUAACUUAGACUCAGUAAAAGUGUCUGACUAUCAAAAAGUGUUCCUGCACCUGAGUGGACUUUUGGCUCAUAAGCAUCCUGAUCUCUUACACACGUACGGAAAACAGCUGGUGAUGAUCUUGAAGAAGGCAAAGAUGAAGGACGCCCAGUGGCUGGACCUGGUGGUGGAGACAAGGUGUGAUGACAAUAUGGCUGCCCUCAUUGCCAAGGAGAUCAACAAACAACUUGUGGUUCAUGAUGGCCAAACCGAAGCAGCGCUCAAGAUGUUUGCUCAUAUGAAACCUAAUAUUCCCGUGCAAGUAGUCCUGGAAAAUGACGUCCGUUAUACCCCACAACUGGACGAGCUACUGGAUAAACUAUCAGGAAGGAAAUGUUAUGUCGAGUUUUUCCUCAAACAUCAGUGGAAGCACAGUCAGUAUGGCACCUCAGACAGCCUCCUUCAGCGCCUCACCAGCGGCACAGGAUGUGAAAGAUGCAGAGUGUCUCGCUUUACUGGGAAUUUGCAUAGUCUGGAAGUGUUGCCAGAUACCAUAGAUAACUUGCGCAUCACUUUAACUAGUAAUGACCAUGCUACUGUUAUCUGUAGUGAGCUGGCUACACUGAUUGAGAAGCAAACAAUUGAUUGCUUUGGUGUGCAUGUGAUGGCUGGAGUGUCACCAGAGUCCUUGAUACCAUUACCGGUAAUAAAGGCCGAAAAUGGUGAAUGUGGCACCUUGUGGAUGUCAGACGUGAGAGACGACAAGGUGGACCAAGCUUGCCAGGUGAUCCGUGCACUCCUGCCUCCUGGAGGGCAAUACCGGAGCGUAAUGUUCCCACGUAGCAACAUCAGCGAGGCCAAGUGUAAGGAGCUGCUGGUCAAGCUGUCUGAGGCCGGGGUCAGACUGAGGGACAAGGGGAUCCUCCGCCUCUCCUCUCCUGCCCUUAAUAAUGACCAGCUGGACCACCUUAAGAAACUGGCCCAAGAGAUACUCGGCUGUGUAUUUUACUGUUGUGACGAGUCGAGUAUGUGGUAAGGAAGGCGUCCCGCUGAGCAUCAUGAUACCCCGUACGUGUCUCCAUCAUGUCUUCUGUUCUUCAGCAACAAUGACUUUUAGGCAUCCCCGUCUCCCCGUCUCCCGAGAUCCCAGAGACGGGGAUUCACCAGCACCCUUUGCUUCUGUCAUUUCCUAGUAAUCAUUUCUGGGUGACAGGGGUGAUAAAUAAUGACAUGUGGAACGACUUAAGUCUAAGAUGAUUCUAGACAGAUAGUCUGCCACGGGAUUCAGGUUAACUACUAAAUAAUAUUUAGAAUGUAUACGUAUUGCUUCCUAGAAUGUUGAAACAGAACCCAUGGGCACCAAUACUAGAAACAAAUAUCUAUUUGAUAUUCCAAGAAUGCGACUUAACCAAACUAGAAAUGCUCUGCAAAUCAAGGGGACCAAAGGAAUGUGGAAUGACCUUCCCAAUCAUGUCAAAGGCUGUACCUCUCUCUCUCUCAACCAGUUUAAGAAAAACUAAGUACUACCUAAUAAACUACAUAUAACCAUACCUUACUUCCUAAAUGUCAACGUAUGUCUUGCUAUUUUCAAACAACAUUUAUUAUUGACCAACGUAUUUAACUGCUGAUAUCUGCCAUGUAUAAACUUAACUAAAUAAACAGAAGAUUACAA